GUAUUUACUAUUUUAAUAUUUAUGCGAGUUUUAGACAAUUGCUCAAUUGAUAUACAUAUCAAUAAAUGUGCAACAGUGAAUGACGAGGCGCAAAAUCCAACGACUGUUGCUUUGAAUACAUUGGGCUACCUAAAACAAGUCAUUCUUUCUGAAAACUGGAAAGAUGCGGCGCAACUUCUUUCGCUUCUAAAGCGUACUGGAAAAAUCUUAUUAGCUAAUUCCUUUGAGAAUGUUCCGACGCAUAAUACCAUUCAGAGGAUCAUAAAAAUAGUUAAGGAUGUAAUAGCGAACAUUAAUCCGAGGUCAAUUUCCUCCCAAAAGCAGCAUCAACUGAUGGUUACGGUUGAUGAAGGUGAAGUUGACUUGUCCUUCAUUGCUAGAGAGGAAUUAAUUGACGGUGUCAUGGAAGGCUUUAACGACUUGGAUGAUGACAUCAAAAGCCAACACGGAAGUAUUGCAUGUUCUUCAUUGAAUUUUAUUCAUUCGGAUGAACUAAUUCUUACUGUGGGCUAUUCAAAACUCGUUCUCGAUUUUUUGAAGUACGCCGCGUCAAAGAAUCGCCAAUUUCGUGUUAUUGUUUGUGAAGGCUUUCCUGACAAUGGAGGUCAUAAAAUGGCCAAUGAGUUGGCUUCUGAUGACAUAUCUGUUAUUCUUGCUCCUGAUAGCCACGUCUUUGCUCUAAUGGCCCGAGUUAAUAAAGUUAUCUUGAGUUGCUAUGCAGUUUACCCUGACGGUGCUCUUAAAGCUCCAACUGGUUCAGAAGCAAUAAUGCUUGCUGCUCAAAGCUUCACAGUUCCUAUUUACGUUUGCCUCCCCUCGAUCCUAAUUUCACCUCUGAAUCUACAAAUGUUGCCUGGAUGUUCGAACGCCCUUAACGUUCAUGCCGAAUGCUAUCCGGGUUCAUUGAAAGAUUCUAGGGGCAUUGUUGAUCUUUCGCUAAACGGUCUUGAAUCAACUUACAAAAUGUUACCCCCCUCGGUGUCUAGAAAAUGCUGCACGGGUCCUCCACCACAAGUUCACGUACCCACUUGGGAUUACAUUAAACCCGGCUUGACUACUCUCUUUCUCACCUCAGACAAUGGAGCCGCACCAUCCUAUCUCUACGCCCUUGUCCGAGAUCUCUUUAGUCUUCCUGAAACGAAUGAAUCUCUCACGUGGUUUGAGGAUUACGAUACUGAGGAAUCCACACCUAGUCAUUUCACAAUCACUGCUUCUGAGGCCAAUACCUAA